UGAAAAGUUUUUCCAUUUUCUUUCAUUCUGAUUCUGAUUUUCCCUCUCCUCCUUAAACCCUCCAAAAACCCAAAGCCUACAAUCCCAUUUCGAAGCUCCCACUGCGAGUAAUGAGCAGAAGGGGGCUGAAAUCUCUCCGACUUCUCUCAACCUCCUUCAAUUCUUCCCCAUUUAGAUUGAACGCCGUCUUCUCCACGAACCCAUCACUCAUAUUCUCUGAUUCCUCCAGAUUUUCCUUUGGGAACAUCAGUGUAUAUCGCCUAAGCCUUUCAUCCGCCAUUGCCAAGUACACCACUUCUCCUCCGGACAAUCUCGAGGGACUAGUUGAUUUAGACGACUCAAAUCCGUCUGAGAGUUCGCGGGUCGAAUGCUUUUCGGCCCAAGAAGUUGGGUUUCUGCGUGAUUCUUUGUUGGAUUCUCCUGCAGACUCUGGUUCUUCUGAGAAGACACUCGAGAUUGGUAAGAUUUCAAACGAGGCUAUUUCGAUAUUAGAUGCAAUUCGUAACGGUGAUGAUGGGUUUGGGGACAAAACCCAGAAAUUACUUAGGCAAUUUAGACAGAGUUUGAAUCCCGAUUUGGUUGUUGAGGUUUUGAAUCUUUUGAGGAGUCCUGAAUUGUGUGUCAGGUUCUUUCUGUGGGCGGGUAGGCAAAUUGGUUACAAUCACACUGCGUCUGUGUACUGUGCAUUGUUAGAUGUUUUCGAGUGUGAUAAUUACGAUCGAGUACCGGAGGAGUAUCUGCGAGAAAUUUGGGGUGAUGACAAAGUGGUGCUUGGGAAGUUGCUUAAUGUGUUGAUUCGGAAAUGUUGCCGAAAUGGGUUGUGGAAUGUAGCAUUGGAAGAGCUCGGGAGGCUUAAGGAUUUUGGAUACAAGCCGACCCGGUUAACUUAUAAUGCUUUGAUUCAAGUCUUUCUCAGAGCUGAUAAGUUGGAUACUGCUCAUUUGGUUCAUAGAGAGAUGUCACAAUCAGGAUUUAGUAUGGAUGAGUUUACUUUAGGUUUUUUUGCUCAAGCCCUCUGCAGAGUGGGCAAAUGGAGGGAUGCCCUCUCAUUAAUUGAGAAAGAAGAUUUUGUCCCCAAUACGGUUCUCUAUACGAAGAUGAUAUCUGGAUUGUGUGAAGCUUCGCUUUUUGAAGAAGCUAUGGAUUUUUUGAACAGGAUGCGGUCUACUUCCUGCAUCCCUAAUGCUCAGACUUAUAAGAUCUUGCUUUGUGGCUGUUUGAAUAAAAAACAGCUGGGUCGAUGUAAGAGAAUUCUGAGUAUGAUGAUUGCAGAAGGCUGUUUUCCGAGUUAUAGGAUAUUUAAUUCUCUUGUUCAUGCUUAUUGCAGAUCAGGGGAUUUUUCAUAUGCUUAUAAGUUGCUCAAGAAAAUGGAAAAUUGUGGAUGCAAGCCUGGCUAUGUGGUUUACAAUAUCUUAAUUGGCGGUAUUUGUGGUAGUGAAGAGUUACCUGGCCCAGUUACAUUUGAGUUGGCCGAGAAAGCUUACAAUGAGAUGCUUUCUGCAGGAACUGUUCUAAAUAAGGUAAAUGUUGUGAACUUUGCUCGAUGCCUAUGUGGCUUUGGGAAAUUUGAGAAAGCAUAUAAAGUAAUCCAUGAAAUGAUGGAUAAUGGUUUCAUUCCUGAUACCUCUACAUAUUCUGAAGUGAUAGGUUUUCUAUGUAAUGCCUCAAGGGUAGAAAAUGCCUUUUUGUUAUUCAAAGAAAUGAAAGGGACUGGUGUUGUUCCUGAUGUUUAUACGUACACAAUUUUAAUUGAUUGUUUUUCUAAAGCUGGCCUCAUUAAACAAGCUCACAAUUGGCUAGAUGAAAUGGUAAGAGAUGGGUGUGAACCUACUGUGGUGACUUAUACAACCCUCAUCCAUGCAUAUCUUAAGGCUAAGAAAGUUUCCAUUGCUAAUGAACUUUUUGAGUUAAUGCUAGCAAAGGGUUGUAUUCCUAAUGUUAUUACAUAUACAGCUUUAAUUGAUGGCUAUUGUAAAUCAGGGAAUAUAGAAAAAGCUUGCCAGAUUUAUUCAAGAAUGAGAGGUGACGAAGACAUUCCGGAUGUAGAUAUGUAUUUUAAAACGGAAAAUAAUGUCUCUGAAAAGCCGAAUGUUGUUACAUUUGGAGCUUUGGUGGAUGGUUUAUGCAAGGCCCAUAAAGUCAAAGAUGCUCGCAACUUACUGGAAACCAUGUUUUUGGAAGGCUGUGAACCAAACAAUAUUGUAUAUGAUGCACUUAUUGAUGGCUUUUGCAAGGCUGCAAAGUUGGAUGAAGCACAAGAGGUGUUUGCUAAGAUGGUCGAGCGCGGGUAUAAUCCUAAUGUCUAUACUUAUAGCUCUCUGAUUGAUAGGUUAUUCAAGGAUAAACGUCUAGAUUUUGUUUUGAAAGUGUUGUCCAAAAUGCUUGAGAAUUCUUGUGCUCCUAAUGUUGUUAUCUACACAGAGAUGAUUGAUGGCCUUUCUAAAGUUGCAAAGACAGAUGAAGCUUAUAAGCUUAUGUUGAUGAUGGAAGAAAAGGGAUGUAAACCAAAUGUUGUGACUUACACUGCAAUGAUUGAUGGCUUUGGGAAAGCUGGUAAAGUUGACAAAUGCCUUGAGCUUUUCAGGGAAAUGGGCUCAAAAGGCUGUGCACCAAAUUUCGUCACCUACACAGUGUUGAUCAACCAUUGCUGUGCUACUGGCUUUUUAGACGAGGCUUAUGCACUUUUGGAUGAAAUGAAACAAACAUACUGGCCAAAACAUAUAUCGAGCUACUGUAAGGUGAUUGAAGGCUAUAACCGGGAGUUCAUUCUCUCUCUUGGGCUCUUAGAGGAAGCGGAGAAGAAUGAUUCUGCUCCAAUUAUUCUGCUAUAUAGGGUUUUGAUUGAUAACUUUAUUAAGGCAGGAAGACUGGAAGUGGCACUGAAGCUUCACAAAGAGGUUAUAUCAGCUUCAAUGUCCAUGGCUGCUAAGAAAAAUAUGUAUACGUCAUUGAUUCACAGUUUUUCUAAUGCAACUAAGAUCGGUCACGCGUUUGAGUUAUUUAAUGAUAUGAUAAGACAAGGUGCUAUACCAGAUCUUGGUACAUUUGUUCACCUUAUCACGGGGCUUAUCAAAGUUAGCAGGUGGGAGGAAGCACUUCAGCUUGCAGAUAUCAUAUGUCAGAUGGAUAUCAAUUGGUUGCAACAAGAAGACACACCUUGAAGAGAUUCGUGAACUGUUGUUUUUAGUGCUGUCUGCCCGUGGAUUAUGCGAAGGCCUUUGAGUGUGCUCAAUAAUUCGGCAGUGGCAACCAUAUUGGGGGGUUCUAUCAUGCACUCAAGAAAACCUGAGACGAUAUGCAACCAUAAACAACUAUUGCUGCUUGAGACAGAUUUGAUUUCCUUUGAUUUUUGCCCAUAAAUCCGAGGAUAAGUUCGCCGGAAAUCUUUAUCGAGCUGUUAACCAGAUUCAGACUUGUGAGAAGGAUUAUGCAAAGGAAACUGCAUGUCUGAACUGCCAACAGGACAAGCUCGUGCGCAUCGGAGCUGUUAAAGUGACUUCUGCAAUUGAUUCCCCAGAGCUCCAUUGUGAAAAGGAAAUGUUGGGGUUCAUCUUGCUCGUGCCAGCUCAAUGCUGGAUGAGGCUCUCUACCAUUCUCCGAUUAGGGACAGGGGUCGAUCUUGUAGCCGAUGGGUUGCUUACCUGUUCUUUAGGGUUUAUGGACAGAGAUAAAUAACAAGAGUUUUAGAAGGGUUGAAGAUCUUGAGAGGACGUUGAGGAUGUUAAUACCAAUUUCCAUGCCCACAUUUUUCUGGGUUGACAUUCUUUGGAAACUCUGCAAGAGACGAAGUGGAAGAACAGAAGAUUGCCGCUGCUCACGCUGUUGCUUGUUUUAUUUUGUUUUUUUUUUUCAGUACAAUAGUUGGGGUGGAGAGUUUCGAAAUCAUGACCUCUUGAUCAAAGACAGGUGCCAAUUACUGCUAGUUAAGCUUAUGUUGGCUGCUCUUACGUUUAUUUUGUUAGAAUCAUAAGUCUUCUCAGUGGAAGACAUUGGAAGAUGAGAUCUAUGCUCCAUUUUUCUCUCUUCUUUGUCCACUGUUUGAAGCUAGGAAAUUCAUAUGUAUGUACGUGUGUGUGUAUAUAUACGAUGAAAGAAUACAAACGAACAUACAAAAUGAGUACCCACAAGAAAAUUGAGAUUUAGGUUUGUGGGGUUGGAAUUA